UCUCUCUCUCUCUCAUUGUGUCUUGACCUUAGCCAAAACUCAAAUGGUCGAGAGUCACAUUCCUUUAUUUGAUCUUGCUACCUUCUUCGAUGGGCACGUAGACUGAUACCGCCAAAGGAUUCGUGAAAAUUGGAGGCUUUGGUUCUCUCGUUGAGUGGAAAGAAAUGGCAUGUCAUUUCUCGACGUCCUUACUUGUUGGCGUUCCUUCUUCCACUUUUAAUAGAAGAGGUACGGCGGUUGUGCUUCAGGCAAAUGGUUCGUCUGUGUCAAACAAGAACCAGAUUUGUGAUUUAGGCAGUGACCUUGCGUCAGAAGAAGCUCUAGAAACAUUUUUAAGGGAGAGAAGAUUGAAUGGGGACUUCAUAUCAAGAGCUUCUGACAUACUCUGGGGCAGGGAUGUGGUAAGACCUGAUAAGUCAGAAGCUAACACAGCAGCUGUCAGCAGGCAGCAAUUUCAAGAGGCUAAUGAUGAUGAAGAUGUUGGUGGAUUUCUGAAGCUUAAAAAAACUCAGGAGUGGGUUGCAGGCAACCAGGUUGCACCAUUCAACAAAAAACGAGUAGCCAAGGAGCGGCAGAAUGACAGUGAAAGAAGAAAGAAACUUGGUCUGCUCAAAUAUGAUGCUCUGAAGCGGGAAAUAAUGUUUUUAACACUUGGUGUGGGAGCUGCAUGUAGUGGAUACUGCUUGUUGACCUUGUCAGUUCAGGCUGCUAUUAGUUAUGCAUCAGGAGUUCUCUUCAGCUGUUUGUAUCUUCAGCUCCUUUAUAGACAUGCAGAUAACAUCUCAAGAGAUAGCGUGCCACAGAUUUUUAUGCAAAAGAAAUCCAAGAAGAUUGGCAUUCGAAGUGAUGACCUGAAGGAUUCCUUUGAAAGAGUGCUGAAUGGGAGUGCCUUUGCAUUGUCAUCUCCAAGACUUGUAAUUCCUAUAGCCAUUUAUGGACUUUGGAGCAUAUUGCAUCACUUUUCCGAUGAUUCCUUUGGUUUUCAGCUGGUCCCAGCAAUGUUUGGAAUGUUUGCAUACAAAGCUGCUGCUCUGGUUCAAGUUUACAGAGAAAAUGAGGACCUAAAAUUCAUUUUUCCAGAUAACCAAGUGGAUCCAAAUUCUUGAAGCAAGAAGGCAUCUACUUGAGUUGUAAAGCUGAAAGCCAAGAGUUAGAUCAGUCCAUGGGAGCACAACCAUUUAUUACAUUGCAUACCAUCUGUCUUUUGAAAAUGUAAUGUGGCUGUUGUCUGCGUUCAUGAUUAUUCUUUUAACUGUAACCAGCAACAAGCUGGCAAGAAAUCAACCAAUAAAAUGCAGGUUGUUCAGAACCAAAAAAGGAAAAGGAAAAGGAAAAAUUGUUGCUGAAGUUUCUUCCU